AUGUACUGUCUGCGGUGGUGGCUGCCCGUCUUUCUGCUGCCGCUGCCUGCGGCGCCGCCGCUGUUCUUGUUCCUGUUCAUUGCGAGCUACUUGAUGCAGACGCGCCCAUGCAUGUACUGUGGCGUGAUCAUCGCCCUGCUCUUCCUCACAUCGUGCUACUGGCACACGCCUUCGGAGCCGGUGCAGUGGGCCUUGUCGGUGCCGUACGCCGACACACGCAUCGGUUUCGGUAUGACGCGCGUGCUGCAAUGGCUCGGGAAGGUGUCUGCACCGACCGCUGCCCUCGCACCGGAUGCGCCGCUGCCGGACAGCGCGCCGUGCGCGUGGUGCUGGACCGAUCUGGCGCUGAGCAAAGGACGCAGCCUGUUUGGCCUGAUUCCUCGGCCACCGUCGUGCGUAAGCGGCACGACGUGUGCGGCCGUGGCCACCGAUACCCCUUCCUCCUCCCACUGGUUCCUCGGCGUGCCGGGGACCAAGCUCGGCUUUGCCCUUGAUUGGAGUGUGCUUCUGCCGCAAAAGUAG